GAACAUGGAGCCAAACAACAGAACAACAUAUACGGUAACAGAAUUCAUCAUCACAGGAAUGGAUGAUGUGCCUCACCCAAAGCUGGUUGGAGCAGCCAUUCUGUUCAUCCUCUUUCUCAUUCUGAUCGGAUGCAUCACCAACAUUUGUAUUGUAGCAUUCAACAAGCCUCUGCACACCCCCAUGUACCUUUUUAUUUGCACGCUGGCAAUGGUAGACAUAGUCUACACCAGCGGUAUUAGUGUUACAAUGCUUAACGUUCUUCUUGGUGAGGAGAGAAGAGUCCGCUAUGCACCCUGCAUGAUACAGUGCUUCCUAUUUCAUUUAGGAAGCACUAUGGAACCCUUUACUAUUGCGCUGAUGGCUUAUGAUCGCCUUAUUGCAAUUUCACAUCCUCUUCGAUAUCAGACUAUCUUAACUAAGACAAGUGUAUGCUUACUUAUAAUAGCCACUUGGGCAGUAGGCUGCUUAUUUGCCGGUUUGUGGACUGGCAUGGUGAACAAUCUGCCCUUCUGUGGCUCAAAUAAACUCCCAUACAGCUUUUGUGAAUAUGCAGCCUUAGUAAGAGCAGCAUGUGUUAAUCCUACAUAUUAUUUCACCGUAGCUUCUACUGUGGCGACUGCUAUGUUAUUGGUUAAUUUAGCCCUGAUAUUCUUCUCAUACAUGAAGAUAGUUUAUGAAGUGAUGAAAAUGUCUUCAUCGAAAGACAGAGGGAAAACAUUUAACACCUGUGUGUCUCACAUUAUAGUGGUGGCUUGCUUCUUUAUCCCCAAGGUGGUGUUAAUAUUGAUCACCAGGUUUGGUUUGGUUCUCACGCUUUCUCAAAGAAAUGGCCUAAUUAUUGGCUCUACUCUGGGGCCCUCUCUUGUGAACCCAUUUGUGUAUUGUCUCAAAACCAAGGAGAUCCGAGGGCGCCUGAAAAAUAUUUUCAAGAGAACUGAAAUUACUCCAAAUAUGUAACGGUUAGGGUUACCAAAGCCAUUUCUUGUCUCUUGUUUGUUCCAAGCAAAAGUGGUUUAGUCAACAUUGUUUCCAUGUUUUUCAUCAUCAAUGUAAUCACGUUGCAUCAAUGUUGAGUUUUGAUUGAAUUUGCUAAAAGUCAUCAGCGGUUUCAUCUCAAUUUAACACAUCAGGUUUCAACUGUGAAUCAUCAAUAGAGUGUCAAGGUUUGGUUGAUUUAGAUCACAGGUGUCAAACUCAUUCCAUGGAGAGCAAAGUGUCUGCGGGUUUUCACUCCUGCCUUGUACCUGACUGAUCACUUAAGGCCACUGGUUAGUUAGGAACUCCCCUCACCUGAUACUCUAGGUCUUAAUAGGACACAAAUUGUAAGGAAAUAUCAAAAAUCAGUAGACACUGACAUUCCUGAUUUAGAUUAUUUUGAUGUUUGUUGACAACUCAAUUAAAUGUCAGUCAAAAUUUGAUUUUGAUCUGACAUUUUAGCCCAUUCGAACCGUAUGAAAUGUUAUCUACUGUUAAAUGCACUUUUAAUAAAAUGUCAAGUGUUAGCGUAAAGCAUAUAUAGUAACGGAUCACAAUUGGAUUAUUGCAGUAUUACCUGUCAAAUACGAUCUGAUCUACACCCUCGACUGCUUACUGCAUUAUUGUUGCAGUUCUUAAGAUUGCGAGCACCCAAGGCCGCCUCAAAACCCUUUCUACCUGCAGUGGUCAGCUGAUCAUCAUUGCCCUCUAUAUUCUACCCAGGUUCUGUAUUUAUCUGUCCAGUAAUAUCGGCAUUAGAUUCAGCACUGAUUUACGUAUUGUUAUUAUCAUCAUGUUG